CAACACUCCAUUUAAUAUUCAAUCUAUGGUGAUUGUAUCAAAGUAGAAGCUCAUUUCCCAAGCUUAAGCUCAUCAAGGUGUUAUAAUUUGGUAAACCACUCAGAUCUGAUCAUAAACAAAAACAAAAUGGAAGAAGAAUCGUCAGUGGAACUGCUAGGGGCUUCGCCCAGUCCUUUCAGUGAGAGAGUCAUUUGGGGUUUAGAGUUUAAAGGUAUCAAAUAUGAAUACAAAAAAGAAGAUCUAAAGAACAAGAGUGAAGUGUUAUUAAAGUCCAAUCCAGUUCAUAAAAGAACACCAGUUCUCGUCCAUGGAGGAAAACCCAUUUCAGAGUCCAUGAUUAUCCUCGAAUACAUUGAAGAAACAUGGCCGGAAAGUUACCCAUUACUACCCAAGGAUCCUUAUGAGAAAUCUGUAGCUAGGUUUUGGAUUAAAUUCAUAGAGGAUAAGGCUCCAAAUGUUGUAACACUGCUUGUAACAACAGGGGAAGAACAAGAAAAAGCACAAAAUGAAAUUUCAGAAAUGCUAAAAACUAUAGAAGAAAAAGGUGGUCUUGGGGAGAAGAAGUUUUUCGGAGGUGAUAUAAUUGGAAUGGUGGAUUUGGCAAUUGCACCCAUAGUUUACUGGUUGGGAGCAAUAGAAGAAGCAGUAGGAGUCAAAAUAUCUGAAGCACAUAAGUUUCCUAAAUUUCAUGAAUGGAUUGAAAACUUUAAACAAGUUCCUUUGAUCAAAGAGAACCUCCCAGACUACCAUAAUUUGUUGGAUUAUCUCAAAGGCAUAAAGGGAAGGGCCAUAGCAGCUUCUCCUUGAUGGUAUAUAUAUGACUAUGGGAUAGUAUAGUUUAUCUUGUAUUGAAAUAUCUAGUCUUUUUGUCGGAGUCUGAAUAAAUUAUCUUGUAUUGUUUGUUUCUGGGUCUCGUUUGAAUUUGAGCUUGGAUUUAGUAA